AGUGACAGACAAAAGAUCUUGUGUCAAAGAGAAAUAAUAGAAAUAAGGAUUUGUUAUGAAAAUUAUUAGUAAAUUAUAAUUAAAUAAGUAUUUUUGUGAUAUCGUGAAAGCUACUAAACAGAUUUAUGUAUCGAAAUUUAUUUAGUGAUAUAGGUGUUCGAAGUGAUGACGUUGAAAGAGUACGAUGUAACCUUAAAAGUGCAAAAAGUCCAUAGAAAAAAACUUUGUCGUCUCAUUGUGUUGUCAAUUAUUACUUGAUAUGUCUCAUUUUAGUGAUUUUAUGGACGGUGUUCCCGUUAAGAUAUCAGAGAAGUACAAGAGGCCACCGCGAAUAGAACUGCCGUAUAGUAUAACCGAGUGUCCUUUGCGAUCGCAAAAUUUCGUUGAAAGUAUUAAAUAUUGCUCAACUUUUGAGCGGAAUGUGCUUUCUAAACUCAAAGAGCUCCGGAGCGCGAAGGAGACGAAGAAAAACGAGCGGAGACAUCGGCUACAGCUGUUGGAAGAAGCGAAACAGAAAAAGUUGGAUGCUAUAGCCGUAGCAGAGGCCGAGGAGAGGUUGAAACAGCUAAGCGUGUCAGAAGUAUCGUAUCCAAGCACUGAUGAGAUAAGCGCUCUAUCCCCUGAUGAUAAACCUGAAAAGAUCUGUGAUACAUGCCCUAUUCAAGACAGUAGCCCAGAAGUUGACAAAUCAGUUAACACUGAUGGUGAAUACCCGUGUAGCUCAGCACAGUCCCAGACUAACAUCCUGCAACCUGUACAGGUUCAGUCUAACUACCAGCAAGGCAAUUUGCUCGAUGACCCUGAUCCGUUACAGGAGUUCAAAAUGCAGACAACAAUGAUUAAAUAUCCACAUUACAAUCAGAACACUGACGCUUUAACUUUUAAAGAUUUCGAGAAUGACACUUCUAGCCCAUUUGAUAAUGUAGAAUUAAAAACGAUCAACGAUAUGGAGCUAUUAGCGCAAGUAUUGCAAAGUCAGAGAUCUGUAACCAGCUGCCAAGCAUCUAAUUAUAACCAGGAAGACUUAUAUCCAGGGUAUACGAACUGUGCAACACAAGCACAGAUAGAAGGUGUAACAUAUCUACCCAAUGCUUACGUAGAGCAACAAGUCCAAGGUCCCAAUGUAAUAUACUCAUCCCCACAACACUACCCAGUCUCAAACGGCUACUAUGUACAAGAAAAUGUCUGUGAUAAUCUACCUGUAGAAAACAUGUACAUGCCGAAUUACCAGUACUACAUUCCCCAAUACCCAGGUCCAAACAUACCUUACCAACAAUAUGGUCAGUUACCAACAGGAUCAACUGAAAUGCAAGCACCAAAUGGUUCAUUCAUACCACAGCCAUAUUACUUCCAGUAUCCCCAAGUACCUGUACCAUAUGUAGCUAACACUUUCACACAAGUCCCAGAACAAAAAGAACUGGAAGAUAAUCCAUCUGUAAGCUCACAGGUUACAGUGAAGUCUAGAUCACGAAGUGUUCCUGAUAUAGUUAAAGAGUUGAAUGAUGAAUUAGCAUCAGCACAUCAAAGGGCCAAUGAACGCUCAUACAAUGCCAGUCCUGCGCCUGUAAAUGUUCCUAGAUCAUCUUCCCAUAGUGAUAAAAAAGAAGAGAGGAGAAAAAGAAGAGCGGAAAAGUUACCGAAUCCAUAUGAAAAGUUUCCUACUAAGUUGCAGAACAUGUGUCAGAAGAUACAUGGCAUGGGGUUUCCGUUAGACAGGGUGGCUAGAGUCUGUAGUCUUGUUGGGGAAAAUGAUAAAAAGGUUAUAGAAUGUCUUCUUAUCCUGGGAGAGUUGAUGGACCUUGGAUUUUCGGAAGCAAGAGUGUCAGCUGCGUUGGUCAAGCAUGAGUUCAAUAGAGAUAAGGCUUUAGACGAACUUGUUUCUUAAUGCUUAAGAAAUAGAGGCAAACUUAUUCUAAAUUCUAUGAAAGCUAGUGUUGAACCCAUACUGAUAUAUCACUUGUUAAACUCAUGCCUAUAAAGAAGUGAAUCGAAACUAAGCAGCAGUAAUCAUUCUGUCUUGCUCACACACUAUACACACAUACAGAGUAUAAGUGAGAUGGAAUGAUUGAUGUCGCCAUUUUCGAUUUGUUUCUUUAUUAAGACGAGUUAUAUGUUUGUAACUUGGUUGUAAGUCUGCUGACCAUUAACAAGGUACAUAUUAUCAGGCUGGAUUUUUAACUUUGAUCACAAUUUGAAGUCUUUAUAUUGCCGAGGCUUCAACACUAAACAAUUGGCCAAAAUUAAUAAUAAUCUAAUUAUUUUGUCAUCUAUUUAUAAGUUACUUAGUAAUAUUGUCAAAAAAUACUGUACAAUCUUUGACAAGUAACAAUGUUGCUAAGUAACUUUUCGACAGAUUACAGAUAGAUUGAUUAAUUAAUUGGCCAGUUGCUGGCUAACAGUUAACUUUUGUUAACUGUCAUUAAGUAUGCCAUUAAGGUUCAAUUAAAAAAUACUUUGGUCAACUUUAUACAUACAGAUUACAAUAAUAUAAUGUAAAGAUUAUAAAUAUAUGUAGAUAUGUACCCUUCGAAAUAUUGUAGCUUAAUAUAAAUUAUCGUUAAAAAGCUGUGGUUCUAUUAAAGGCAAGUUUAGAUUGAGACAGUGACUUUGCUAGUCUAGUGCAGGGGUCGGCAAGUAAUUUUAUGUGGGGUCCGAAUACUGUUGGAAUUUUUUAUCGAGGUCAAAAAAAAAGCAAAAAAUUACACGGACGACCUCAAGCCGGUUUAUUAUAAUUUGGUUCACAUGACGAAAGGCAAAUGCGAAAGUUAUAAUGCUACCAAAGUGCAUAUUAUCAUGCAAAAUGUGUAAAAGUUAAACUUUUUUAUUCAUUUAUUCAUAGAUAGGUAUUAAAAAUAUUCAGUGGUCCAAAAUUGCCCUUUGCCAACCACUGGUUUAGUGGCAGUUGAUGGUGUUACACAACACUCCAGCGACUGUAGCUAUAGUCACUGUCUUAAUAUAAACCUGCCUUAAUAAUAAGUGUAGUGGACUAGUGGCUAGAUUAUACUGGAGAUGUUUGUUUGCAGAAUAAUAUGAUUUUUGCAUUUAUAUUGACUGAUAUCAAAGUGUAAAUUGUGAAUGGUUAAAUCUGUCGUGUCUGUCUAGACCAGGGAAUCUAAACCUAUAGGGUACUUCAGGCAGGGGUGUAGGUUUUAUAGUUAAAUUAAAGGAAACCCCCAAAAAACGUGAAUCUGUGGUAACAUUACAAAAAAAAUGUGUUCAUGAACAAAUAAUAAUUAAUCACAUGUAGAUGGCGCUGUCCGGCAUUAACUUGUUUGUGUGUGUGUAUGUUUGUUAUUUCUUCACGCAAAAACUAUUAGGC